UCAAUGUCAUAGCUGUUGCAAAUUGAAAAUAUCCUAUUUUCUAAUUUCUAAAAAGAAUUGUAAAAAAUGGCAUCUCACUAUUAAUUAAUCAUCUGAUAAAGUAUUUAAAUCUAAUGACUUUAUUUAUUUCUAUAUUCGUAAGAUAACAAUAAGUGUUAAAAAUAUUUUGUGUUAAAUGCAUAUUUUGUACUGCCUGUGUUCUUUACAGAUAUUAUUUCGAUAAGAGUGAUGUGGCCCAAUAGUGUCGCGUUAUAAUAUUCACAUAAAAUUAAUAAUGAUUUUGUGAUUUCUAGUUGUUAUUUCAUUUGAAACCAAAAUGGCAUAUCAAUCUUUACUUCAAGAAUACAUGCUGAUACCACCAGUAACCAGGGUAUACACUACAGCUUGUGUUAUUACUACUCUGGCCGUUCAACUAGAUCUGGUUUCACCAUUCCAGCUUUACUUUAAUCCUACAUUGAUCCUCUAUAGAUACCAGAUAUGGAGGUUUAUCACUACAUUCCUUUUCUUUGGGAACCUAGGGUUUAAUUUCUUUUUCAAUAUGAUAUUCACAUAUAGAUAUUGUAGAAUGUUAGAAGAAGGAUCAUUUAGAGGGAGGACUGCUGAUUUUGUUGUGAUGUUUUUCUUUGGUGCUGUGCUGAUGAUUUUUUGUGCAUUUUUCAUUAACUUAUUAUUCUUAGGACAAGCGUUCACUAUUAUGAUUGUGUAUGUUUGGUCUCGACGAAAUGUAUUUAUAAGAUUGAAUUUCUUUGGCCUCAUGAAUUUUCAAGCCCCUUACUUGCCAUUUGUUCUACUUGGAUUUUCUGUGCUCCUUGGCAAUGCUAUAUCUGUUGAUUUGGUGGGAAUGGCCAUUGGACACAUAUAUUUCUUUUUGGAAGAUGUUUGGCCGCGUCAAUCAAGAGGACAAAAGUUAUUGAAGACACCCAAAUUCCUAAAAAGAUUGUUUGAUCCUGAAGCUGAAAGGGAGUAUGCCCCACUGCCAGAAUUAGCCAAUGUUCGUCCCGGAGGGUUUGACUGGCGUCGUCGGGACGAAGACGAAGGGAAUGGAUAAUGAGUAUAGAACCAUUCGAUUUUGUUAGUAUAAGAGGCAAACCAAAAACCUGUUUUUAUUUAGAUCUAAAAUUUCAUUUAAAAAAGGGACAUUAAUAUUAAUAAAAAAGUAUCAAGCACAAACCAUGCCCCAUGUUUUUGCAGUGUGUUAAAUAAUUUUAUGUAAGAAUAACUACUUUUUCAUGAAAUAAAUUAUGUAUAUAAUAUUA